AUGAUCGAUAUCGGUAAAUACGACCACGCUCACCAAUAUUUCACACUAUCAAUUCAAAAUAAUAACCUGCCACAAUCGGCUAUCCCAACACAUUAUAAUGGUAUUGGACUAGUUUACGAUGAAAAAGGUGAAUACGAUAAAGCAUUAGAAUAUUAUGAAAAAGCAAUAGAAAUUCAGAUCAAGUCCUUACCGCCAUACCACCCAUCAUUAGCAACAAUGUAUGGUAACAUUGGAUUAGCUUACAACAGAAAAGGUGAAUACGAUAAAGCAUUAGAAUAUUAUGAAAAAGCAAUAGAAAUUCAGAUCAAGUCCUUACCACAAUAUCAUCCAUCAUUAGCAACUACAUAUACUAAUAUUGGAUCAGUUUACAAUACAAAAAGUGAAUACGAUAAAGCAUUAGAAUAUUAUGAAAAAGCACUAGAAAUUAAGGUGAAGUCCUUACCACAAUAUCAUCCAUCAUUAGCAACUACAUAUAGUAAUAUUGGAUUAGUUUACCAUGGAAAAGGUGAAUAUGAUAAAGCAUUAGAAUAUUAUGAAAAAGCAAUAGAAAUUCAGAUCAAGUCCUUAUCACAAUAUCAUCCAUCAUUAGCGACUACAUAUACUAAUAUUGGAUUAGUUUACCAUGAAAAAGGUGAAUAUGAUAAAGCAUUAGAAUAUUAUGAAAAAGCAAUAGAAAUUCAGAUCAAGUCCUUACCACAAUAUCAUCCAUCAUUAGCAACUACAUAUACUAAUAUUGGAUCAGUUUACAAUACAAAAAGUGAAUACGAUAAAGCAUUAGAAUAUUAUGAAAAAGCACUAGAAAUUAAGGUGAAGUCCUUACCACAAUAUCAUCCAUCAUUAGCAACUACAUAUACUAAUAUUGGAUUAGUUUACCAUGAAAAAGGGGAAUACGAUAAAGCAUUAGAAUAUUAUGAAAAAGCAAUAGAAAUUCAGAUCAA